UCUUUCAUUCAUAUCGUUACUCAGACUAAUUUCUUCAGUAUUAGUCAGUACAAAACUUGCUUUCGAUAGAAGUGAACGUCAGCGAAUUGUAACGCGACCGUGUAAUCUUGAGCAUGUAAACAUUGCGUGAAUAAAAAUGAGUUUGAUUGGUUUCAAGUUGUGCUUAGUGUUAGCGUUUAGUAGUGUUUCGGUUCACAGUAUUGCUUUACCAUUUGAAGGACUUUAUGAUUUAGAUAUAAUUCACUACAACGACUUUCAUGCAAGAUUCGAAGAGACCUCAGUAGCGUUCCCAACAUGCAGAUUCAACAACAAUUCUUGCCUCGGCGGCUUUCCUCGUCUGUACCACGAGAUCCAGGUCCUCCUGCGGGAGAAACCUGACGCCCUACUCCUGAAUGCCGGGGACAGUUUCCAAGGAACCUACUGGUAUACGCUCCUGAAAUGGAAUAUCACGCAGCAGUUCAUGAAUUUGCUGCCACAUGACGCUCAUGCAAUUGGCAACCACGAAUUUGACGACGGGCCCGAAGGUCUUGCUCCGUACCUGGCGGCUCUCAAAGCACCAGUUUUAGCAGCCAAUAUGGACAGUGCCAACGAACCCUCGCUUCAGGGAUUAUACAGACCUUCUCUAGUGGUAGAAAGGAAGGGAAGAAAGAUUGGAAUCAUCGGGCUUAUUACCACCGAUACCAAACAAUUAUCAUCACCAGGUAAUGUGGUGUUCACUGACCCCGGAGAGGCGACCAGAAGGGAAGCCCUGGCUUUGACAGAACAAGGAGUGGAUAUCAUCAUCCUCCUGUCACAUUGUGGCCUGUUUGUUGAUAAACAACUAGCGAAAGAUCAUGGAGAGUACAUAGACGUGAUAAUCGGAGGUCACACACACUCGCUGCUGUGGAACGGACCCUCGCCCAGUGGGGAGGCUGUGGCUGGUCCGUACCCUGUGUUUAUUGAGAACUCCGCGUCCGGGAAGGAGGUGAUGAUAGUCCAAGCAUCAGCAUUCACCAAGUACAUGGGUAACCUGACGCUAUCCUUCGACUACCUUGGGCGAUUGAUCCAGUGGCGUGGAGGUCCCAUCUUCUUGAACAGAUCUAUAGAAGAAGACCUUGAAAUCAAGUCUAAACUAGAACCGUACGCGAAACUAGUUCACGAAGCCGAGAACGUCAAGAUUGGAGAAACAGAAGUGUUCAUGAAUUUCGAGGAUUGUGUCUUUGGAGAGUGUUUGCUGGGAGACGUUCUAGUCGAAGCUUUGAAUGAAUAUGGAAAAUCACACGUGAAUUCUAGUUAUGAAUUCUUAUCAUUUAUUCAAAGAGGAAACAUUAAAGCUUCGAUACCCAAAGGAAGUAUAACCCGCGGUAUGCUAUUUGAGUUGCUACCAUUCAAUGACCGAAUAGAAUCGUUUGAAAUCCAAGGAAAAUAUAUUCUCCAAGCCCUGGAAAGGAGUGUGAGUGAUGCGUGGGCCUAUCAUCCGUUUAAGGGACCCUGGGUUCUUCAAGUAUCAGGUCUACGAGUUAAUUACGACCUAACCAAACCAGAAGGGCAGCGCAUAUCAACAGCAUUUGUCGGUCAGAAUGCUACUCCACUGAAUGAAGAGCAAGUUUAUCAAGUCACUAUACCUGCGUUUUUGGCUGAUGGCGGAGACGGAUUUUCUAUGUUCAGAGAAGGCAAGAAAAAUGUGAAGGUGAUUGGGCGAGACCAGGGGGCGUUGCUAGCAUACAUCAACAAAUAUUCACCAUUGAAUCCAAAACUUGACGGAAGAAUUACUUUGUAAUUACAGCCUUAUUCCGACAUGUUCAUUACGUUAGUUAGUAAAGUGAACGUGUAAAGUAGGUAUAUAACCUUAAAAUUAUUGUACAGUCUGCAGCAUAUCAAUCUACCUAAAUUCACUGCAAAUUUGUCUCUAUUACCAAUGAAUAGAGCUCCAGGCAGGGUAACUUGAUAUGCGGUUCACUGUAUGUUCCUAUACUUGUAUAAUUUUGUAUGAAUGUCACUAUAAAAGAACAGAAAUGUGGAAGUAUACGCAAGUUGCAUUUAUUUUCGUCGUUUGCACAUGACUUUAUUCUAUUGUAUUACUGCCUAGUGUGAUUUUAAAGUGACUGCACUUACGAAUUUACAAAACUUAUUCAUAAAAUUCUAUCAUUAAGCCACACAGCUGAACGUGACCUCUGUCUACCCCGCAAGGGAUACCUAUAGACAUGAUUAUAUAUAUUAUAUGAAUAUUCAUAAAAUGCAUUACACUGUUAUAUUUUUUUUAAAGUACCUUUUUGUUAUUGUGGUAAGAGUUU